CAGAGUUUGGCCAUCACUGGAUUAAUCCAAAUAGGCCAAUGGUCUCAAGUUGGAAAAAGGCAGCUGUGCAGAAGAGGGGAUUUCAACAAAAAGAGCUUUUUUCACCUCUGGUCCAGCAUCUUGUAUUUACCGUGGUCAACCAGAUGCCCAUAGUUUUAACUGCACUGCCUGAAUCAGUGCUCCCUUUUCUCUGCCCUAAACCUUCCAACAUACAGCUUCCUUGGAGUUCGAGAAACAUUUCUCUUGAGUAUUUGCUUGUCUCCAGAGCUCCUUGUGUGAAUUAGGCCCCUUAAGUUGGUUCUGAAAACAUUUAGCAGGGAGGUAUCGUUGCAACAUAGAAUGGGGAGGAAAUCCAUGGCUAGGUAGCAAAAGGAAGUGGUUAGGCCAUAUAUAGAGCUGUGUGGGAAUGAAGCUGAGAGGCUGGGCUGUGAGCGGGUGCCUGCAUUUUGAGGAUACACAUUUAAAACAAAGGAGGAGAGGAGGAGGAACCGAGAUGCUUUGAAGAGAGGGAAUGGCCAUUUCGGACGACGGUGCAAGGAUGAAAAGGAGCUAGCCGGAACCAAAUUGGAUAGGGUGAAUUGUUGGUUCGCUGUCAGCCAAAUACGUACCGUGGCACUUUCAGGUGGAGAAAGUCAGGCCUGAAGUAGGGAGAGAGAGGACUCUCCUUAACUAAGGCUAUAAAGGUGCAAACUGACGCUUUGUUGAGCAAACACCUGCUGGCCUGAGACCUAGUCCAAGAUGGCUGCCAAGAGACGAGGUGAAGCAGAGGUUGGCGAGAGCAGGCCCAAAAGGCCUCGAUACGAUCCUAUGGCAGUUCAGCCGCCGCCGGAUUCCCAAAAGCAAGCCGCUGCCUAUGCAGAAGAAUAUGAUAUCAUCACCGAAGAAGACAUCGAAGAGAUUAGGGAUGCACUUGAAGGAGGAAGAAUGGCAGAAGCAGCGUCCAAAAUAUUGGAAAACCUGCAGGCUUUGGAGAAUGCCCGGCUGGACAUUGCAGUAACGGGAGAGUCUGGUGCCGGCAAGUCCUCGUUUGUCAAUGCCAUUCGAGGCCUAGGGGAUGAAGACGAAGGAUCUGCCGACACGGGGGUUGUGGAGACCACAAAAGUGCCCACUCCUUAUUCACACCCCAAGCACCCCAACGUGACUGUGUGGGAUCUUCCCGGAAUCGGCACUCCAGAUUUCCAGUCCAGCACUUACCUUGAGCAGGUCAGCUUCUCCCGCUAUGACUUCUUUAUUCUCAUUGCCUCAGAGCGCUUCAAGUCCAACCAUGCCCAGUUGGCACAGGAAAUCCAGCGGCUGGGCAAAUGCUUCUACUUUGUGCGCUCAAAGGUAGACGCAGAUCUACAGGCCACCAAAAAGCGCCGGCCAAAAGCCUACGACGAGGCGGCAAUACUGAGGAAGAUUCGAGAGAAUUGCAAAGAGUGCCUUCAGGCCCAAGGAGUGGCUGCUCCCCAGGUCUUCCUCCUUUCCAGCUGGGAGCUAAACAAGUACGACUUCAUACAGCUCGAGGAGACUCUGGAGAAGGAGCUUCCGAGCCACAAGAGACAUGCCUUCCUCAUGGCCCUGCCAAACAUCUCUUUGUCCAUCUUGCAGAAGAAGAAAGAGGCCUUGCAGAAGCAAAUCUGGAAGCUGGCUACCAUCUCAUGCGGAAUAGCAGCUGUGCCCAUCCCAGGCCUCUCUGUAGCUUGCGAUAUAACUAUCCUGGUUAAGUCUCUUUCGGAAUACCGUCAGAACUUUGGCCUAGACGACGAAUCCCUCAGCAAAUUAGCUGAGAAAGUUGGCAAGAAUGUGGAGGAGCUUAAAGAGGUGAUUGAGUCACCAUUGACCAAAGAAAUCUCCAGGGACCUCGUGGUGAAGAUGUUAACCAAAGCUGGUGGUGGGGCAUUGAUGCUGGUGGAGUACUUUGCCAGCACGAUCCCUGUAUUUGGCUCCGUGACAGCUGGAGGGAUAUCCUUUGGAACCACGUAUUACAUGCUUUACAGCUUCCUAAACGAGGUGGCAGGUGAUGCUCAGCGUGUCCUCGUCAAGGCCUUUGAGUCUGAUGUUUGAAAGAGUUCUUCGGAUCUCGUGUAGUGAUCCAUGAUGGGUGCUUAGCUUCUAAAUGGAUGGAACGGCACUGAAUCGAACAGAGCUCUGUCCUACAGUUCUCGAGGUUCUUUGGGGAAAGCUGUGGCAGUUAAACUAGAAUGAAGCUGGUUGAACCUUGUAAUGUAGACGUGAGCCAUAUGCAUUUGACUGGAGGCCUUUUUGAAUCGGAUUGCUUCCUUUAGUGAAAAACUGGAUGAUGAAUGUUUAAUUUUGUUUUAAUGUUACCACUCUAAUGACUUCAUAACUAAAGCCAAGAUUGUGGUGUUUUAUACCCGGUGAAGCUCCUCUGGCAACAUUCAGGGCUUAACUUAACAAAGAACUGGAAUACAAAUCAGUUCCCUUUUUACUAGUGGUUCAAGCCACAGAUUGUGACAACCUGAAUCUUUAGGCCUGUCUUGGUUUCCUUUCCUUUUUUCUUCUGAAAUAAUAAAAUGUGUCUAACCUAAA